AUGAACUCCUUUCUAGACUCACCGCCAUUCAUACCCUCUGCCUCUGCGCGAUGGAUCAACUCUCUCUUCUUCAUCAGCCUCGUACUCAGUCUCGCCGCGGCACUGCUCGGUAUUCUCGCCAAGCAGUGGAUCCGAGAGUAUAUGCAAUGGAACUCUCCCCUCGCGGCGCCGCGCGAGAACGUGCUCGUGCGUCAGAUGCGCUUCGAGGCUUGGGAGGCAUGGAACGUCGCGGCGACAAUUUCGGCAGUACCUGCCUUGCUUGAGGUCGCUAUGAUUCUCUUCCUCGUCGGUAUGAUCAUUCUUCUCUGGACACUCGAUGACGUCGUUGCCAUCUGCGUCACCGCCGCCACUGCCGCAUUCCUCCUUGUCGUGUCGGCGUUCACGAUCCUCCCAGUCCUCUUCCAUCGCUGCCCCUAUCGGUCCCCGACUGCGUGG